AUGGUGGCUUUGUUCGAACUCUACCAGCAAGAGCAGCAGCGGCAAUCCAGUGCUCUUUCGGAAGCCGCCUUGGAUGAGGAGGGUAUCCUUGCUUUCUUCUCCAAGCAGCGAGUUCUGCUGCUCCACGCAGGAGGAGAAAGUCGCCGGCUUCCUUGUUAUGUUCCAGAAGGCAAGCUGUUCGGCCCUCUGGCGAGCUCCCAAAGAGGGGCGACUGCCUGUCGGACGAAAUGCCCUGUGGUAGUGCUGGACUUCCUCCUCAGCCUUUACUUCAGGUAUCCAUGGGCUGAUGGUGAGGUAAUCCUCGCUUCUGGAGAUGUGAUCGUGGACUUCGAUGUGGCAGGGCAGCUCCGAGAGAACUUCCGGCGUGGAUCAAUAUGUGGAUUUGGCAAAGUUGCUUCUCUUGAACAAGGCUCCCGUCAUGGUGUUUUUGCAUUCGGCGACCAGGACCAGGGGCCGACAUAUCCCGUACAAGACUUUUAUCAAAAGUCUCCAGUUGAGAAACUGCGAAAAGAAUGCCUGGUUCCGGGCAUGCUGGAGGAGGCCUGUGCUUUGGACACAGGAAUUUUUGCAAUGUCUCCGGAGUGGUGCCUUGCAUUUUUCAAGCUCGGUGCCGCCCAACACGAUGGCAAGACACUGAUCAAAGCAGUGCAGGCAUCGGACUUCUAUUUUGACUUCUAUGUCGAGGUUGUCAUGGCCAGCUUGCCCGGGCAGACGCGGGAGCAGUUUGCCAACCGUGUUUCUGGUACAUCCAAGCUUCCUGCGGCUAUUCUGGAUCUCAUGCAUGAACACCUUGGAAGUCUGGAACUGAGGGGAGCGUUGCUGCAAGACUGUGCAUUUCUGCAUUUUGGAACGCUCAAAGAGUUCCCUGCGGCCUCCCUUCAGAUUUGCGAGCUUGGAUUGCAGCCGUUCUAUUCACAGCUCGUGGAGGGAAGAAGCGACUGGAACCCGGUGCCUCCGGCACAGCGCACAGACCCCAUGAUCGUCAACAGCCAGGCUCAUUCUCUGCAUCUACUCAAAGAAGCUUCAGACUCGACUGAGAUGGUUUGGGUGGAAAUGUGUGCAGAUGUGCAAAUUACACUCUCUCCGAGCGGCUUUCACUUGCUGGUUGGACUACAGGAUGUGAAAUUGGAAAGGCCUUUGCCAGAAGGCUUCUGUUUGGACGGUCGCUUCAUCCAAAAGGAAGGAGCAGCAAGCACUGCCUCAAGCACAUCAAGCGAGACAAGCUACAUCGUCGCAGUGUAUUCUACUGCAGAUAGUUUCAAAAAGGUCAAGCAGCCGGAGGAUGUCCUUUUCUGUGGGAUUCCUUUCCACUCUUGGUUGCAACAACGUCGUCUGCGAGUUGAACAUGUGUGGUCUAAUGCCCAGGAGGCGGCCAGCUGCACUGAAUUAUGGACAGCAAAGCUUUUCCCGGCAACGACCUCUGCGGCCUCGCUUGCCGAGCUUCUCCCAGGAUACUGGGACGCAUCAUGCUUUCGCUCUGAUGACUUCAUCGCCCAGGUUCGUUUCAGCUUGGAAGACCUCAACAGGCUCGAUUCUGCGCUGGAUCGGGAUAUCAGAAGACAUCGUCUCAUAUCCUGA